CUCCACCACCGCCGCCCACGAUGCAGUACAAAUACGACGAGGAGGGCGGGCAGUUCCUCACCUUUGUGCUCACCUUCCUGCUGCUCGUGCUGCUGCCGCUCACCUACUCGCUGCUCACGUCGCGCGUCAGCGCAAAGGGCAAGCAGGGCUGGCUCGAUGCGCGCGGCCAGAAGGUCGCCGCCAUCCGCCGCCUCGCGCGCCGCAGCCUGCGCAACCCCAAGAUCGGGCGCCGGCUUCUCCUCGUCGUCGUCGGCUGGAUCUCCGUCUUCUUCCUCGUGCAGCGCAUCGCAAACGCCGCCUCGAACAGCUCGCACGCCGUGUACGACCCGUUCAGCAUCCUCGGCAUCACCGCCAGUGCCACGGAGAAGGAGAUCAAGAAGCACUACAAGAAGCUCAGCAUCAAGUUUCACCCGGACAAGAUCCGCCUGUCCGAGAACCAGACCAAGGAGGAUGCCGAGUCGCACUACAUCGACCUGACCAAGGCGUACAAGUCGCUCACCGACGAGACGAUCCGCAAGAACUUUGAGCUGUACGGCCACCCCGAUGGCCGUCAGGAGAUGAGCAUGGGCAUUGCCCUGCCGACGUGGGUCGUCGAGGCGCAGAACAGCGGCUGGGUGCUGGGCGUGUAUGGCCUGGUGUUCGGCCUGGGCCUGCCGUACCUCGUGGCUCGCUGGUGGUACGGCUCGCGCGCGCGUACAAAGGACGGCAUCAUCAACUUGACGGCACAGAACUUCUUCCAGCACCUGCGCGAGGACACGCCGCCCGCGCGCAUCCUCGCGCUGCUGGCCAUCAGCGAGGAGUUUGUGGACCCGAAGCUGGAGAAGCGCGGCAAGGACGCCAACGAGGAGGACCUGAAGGUGCUCGAGACCCAGGUCCGCGAGCAGGUUGAGGCGCUCGGCCCGCGCUGGGCUCUUAUCGAGUCGUUCCGCACGCAGUCGAUCCGCAAGACGCUCGUGCUGCUCUACGCCUACCUGCUGCGCAUCGACACCAAGAACGCGACGCUGACCAAGGAGCGCUACGUCAUCGGCGCCACGGCCGAGCGGCUCAUCACCGCCAUGCUCUCCAUCUCGCUGGCGCACAACUGGAUGGACCUGACGCUGCAGCUGAUGGACAUGCAGCAGUGCUUCGUGCAGGCUGUGCCGCCGGCCGUGGAGCUGCGUCCGGCCGCGGAGCUGAUGCAGCUGCCGCACAUGACGCUGCCCCUCGCGCUGGCCGUGACGCGCAAGGCGAAGCUCGGCGAGCUCGGCCUGCAGGGCUUCUGGAAGAUGGAGGACGCGCAGCGCCGCAAGCUGCUCGGCGUCGGCAAGGAGGGCAAGGAUGCGCUGAGCGCCAAGCAGUACGACGAGCUGAUGCGCGUCGUGGGCGAGUGGCCGCGCAUUGAGCUCGUCGACUCGUUCUUCAAGGUCAACGGCGAGCGCCUCGUCACCACGGGCGCCAUCGUGCAGUUCGUCAUCAAGGCACGCACCCUGCCAUUCCGCCGCGACGGCGUGAUGCUCAACUCCGGCGCCCGCCCGGGCACCGAGGCCUCGCGCCGCGACGAGGAGUCGAGCGUGCGGCCAUCGACCGAGGACGACGAGGAGGUCUCGCUCGACCACCUCAUCGGCCGGACGGACACCAAGACGUCGAAGGAGGGCAAGCAGCCCGUCGGCGUUGCGCACGCCCCGCACUUCAUUGAGGUGCGUUGCUCACGCAUAGCCUGGCCCGCGAGACUUGUAGGCUGACCUGUGACUGCAGGAGCGCAAGCCGCAGUGGUGGGCCAUGAUCGCGGACCCCAAGCAGAGCCGCAUCAUUGUGCAGCCGACGCGCGUGACGGACAUUGGGCCCGACGCCGUGCGCAUGUACUCGGUGCAGUUCCAGGCGCCGCCGCAGCCC